AUGCUCGGAAGCCUUAUUGCAAGAGUCAAAUUCAAUGGCUUGCGCGCGCUGUAUCCCAUCGGUGCUCUGUCAAGCAUAGGUCAACGUAGCUAUCGAAACUUCGAUGAUGCUGCUCCCGGGGAGUUCUUCUAUAAUUCAGCAGCACAAGCACCGCUUGCAGUUGUGAACAUCUUGAGAAAAUUUGAGGCGCUAGGAAGUAAUCCACCUGAGGAAGCAACUCUGUAUUCUAAAGAGACAAUCGAAAGCCAGGUAUCUCCUGAUAUUCGCAAGUUUAUACGAGUGGACGAGGGGGACAUUACGUUGAAGGAUCUUCGGAUAGCCAGGCGUCUGGAUUUUCAAGUAUACAUCCAAACCAAAAUGAAUCAACUGGAUCCUUCGACUACCCGAAAAGACCGGGCACAGAACAGAUUCAGAUUCAUUCGUCAAGCUGUGGCCAGGUGGCACUCUUUGACUCUGGGGGAAAAGCUUGACAUUGCCUCCUCAGUCCGACAAAGGAGAUUAGAUCCCGAUACUCCACCGAUCAGUCCGCCCCGUGAAAGCAUCAUCGAGCGUCGGAAGAUGAAACGAUUUAAAGCUAAGAAGAGUGUAUACUAUCACAUCAAGCUCUUGAGAGCCAACCAGGCAUGGAGGAAACGCAUGCGUCAACGUUAUAUAUACCUUAUACGUCGCAGGAAACGACACUCGUUGCUAUGA